CUCUCUCUCUCUCUCCCCUGAAGUUGGAAAUUGAAAACUCUUGUUUCGUUUCAUCUUCAUUUUUCUAAGUGUAAUUCAUUAUAAUCGCAAAAUGGGUGUAAAAGGCUUCGUUGAAGGUGGCAUAGCUUCCAUCAUAGCAGGAGCUUCCACGCACCCACUUGACCUCAUCAAAGUCCGCAUCCAACUUCAAGGCGAAUCCCACCUCCCCAACCCUGCAAUGCAGCCUGCUUUCCGCCCGGCCCUCGCCUUCACCUCUGCCACCACCUCCAUGCCUUCUACAUUCUGCGCACCCGCGCCCCAACCACCCCGAGUGGGGCCUGUCUCCCUUGGACUCCGCAUUGCGCAGACCGAAGGCGUUAAGGCGCUGUUCUCCGGGGUCUCCGCCACCAUCCUCCGCCAAACCCUCUACUCCACCACCCGCAUGGGCCUCUAUGACAUCCUCAAGCGGAAAUGGGCCGACCCUGAAUCCGGAAACCUCCCCCUCCCGCGCAAGUUAGCCGCUGGACUGGUCGCUGGAGGAGUUGGCGCCGCGGUCGGCAACCCCGCUGACGUGGCAAUGGUCCGCAUGCAGGCUGACGGGCGCCUCCCGAUCCACCAGCGCCGCAACUACAGGAGCGUGAUCGACGCAAUUCGGGAAAUGUCGAAACACGAGGGGAUCACUAGCCUGUGGCGCGGCUCAUCUCUUACGGUGAACCGCGCCAUGAUCGUGACGGCAUCACAGCUGGCGUCUUACGAUCAGAUGAAGGAGGUGAUAUUGGAGAAGGGCAUCAUGAACGACGGGAUUGGGACCCACGUGGUGGCGAGCUUCGGGGCCGGGUUCGUGGCGGCUGUGGCGUCGAACCCGAUCGACGUGAUCAAGACGAGGGUGAUGAAUAUGAAGGUGGAGGCCGGGGCUACCGCACCGUACUCGGGUGCGUUGGAUUGUGCGAUGAAGACAGUGAGGGCUGAGGGUCCCAUGGCUUUGUAUAAGGGCUUCGUUCCUACCAUCUCAAGGCAAGGACCUUUUACUGUAGUCUUGUUCGUUACAUUGGAGAAGGUCCGGGAGCUCCUCAAAGAUUUUUGAUUUUUUUUUUCCCUUUUUGUAAUUAACAUUCAUUCAUUAUUUUCCUACGAGAAAAUCAUAUUUUAUUGAUAAAAGAAGUAUUGCAAGGACUUGUAGUUUAAGUGAUUAAUAAAAUUUACUCAUGUAAUCAA